AAAUACACCAGAGCUUCCUUGAAUCUUCUUGUAUGGAACUACUUGCACCACUUGUACAUGUACACAUACUAGAACUCAGCUAGCUAGCUAGCUCUUUGAUCUAUUGUAUGGAGACCACGCCCCUUCUACUGUGGGUGGCAGUAGAAAGGCGUGGUCUUGAUCUCGUGAGGGCAAACAAACAACAAAUGGGCGUACCUGCUACCUGAUAAUAAUGGCCGACAUACUCAGUGCUGCCAGGGCUGGUGACUUGAGUGCUUUGCGAGAUGCUAUCAAGAGGGGAGAGGAUGUCAACAGUGUGAAGGAUGGGUGGACUCCACUCAUGUCGGCAGCCAGGGGAGGGCACACUGACUGUGUUAUACAGCUACUCUCCUCAGGAGCAGUGGUGGACCUGGCUAACAAGACUGGGUGGACUCCACUCAUGAAGGCAGCCAGGGGAGGGCACACUGACUGUGUUAUACAGCUGCUCUCCUCAGGAGCAGUGGUGGACCUGGCUGACGAGACUGGGUUGACUCCACUCAUGGUGGCAGCCAGGGGAGGGCACACUGACUGUGUUAUACAGCUACUCUCCUCAGGAGCAGUGGUGGACCUGGCUAAAAAGUAUGGGCGGACUCCACUCUAUUGGGCAGCCAGGGGAGGUCACACUGACAUUGUUAGACAGCUGCUCUCCUCAGGAGCAGUGGUGGACCUGGCUGACAAGGAUGGGUGGACUCCACUCAUGAGGGCAGCCAGUAGAGGGCACACUGACUGUGUUAUACAGCUGCUCUCCUCAGGAGCAGUGGUGGACCUGGCUCACAAGGAUGGGCAGACUCCACUCUUUUGGGCAGCCUAUAAUGGUCACACAGACUGUGUUAGACAGCUGCUCUCCUCAGGAGCAGUGGUGGACCUGGCUGACAAGGAUGGGGAUACUCCACUCAAUUCGGCAGCCAGGAGAGGUCACACUGACUGUGUUAUACAGCUGCUCUCCUCAGGAGCAGUGGUGGACCUGGCUCACAAGGAUGGGCAGACUCCACUCUUUUGGGCAGCCUAUAAUGGUCACACAGACUGUGUUAGACAGCUGCUCUCCUCAGGAGCAGUGGUGGACCUGGCUGACAAGGAUGGGGAUACUCCACUCUAUUGGGCAGCCAGGAGAGGUCACACAGACAGUGUUAGAGAGCUGCUCUCCUCAGGAGCCGUGGUGGACCUGGCUAACAAGAAUGGGAGUACUCCACUCAUGUGGGCAGCCAGGGGAGGUCACACUGAUAGUGUUAGACAGCUGCUCUCCUCAGGAGCCGUGGUGGACCUGGCUGACAAUGAUGGGGACACUCCGCUCAUGGAGGCAGCCCGCAGUGGACGGAAAGAUACAGUAAUACAGCUUCUCUCAGCAGGGGCUUCCCCUCUCUCCACUAAUAAUGAUGGAGAGACUCCUCUGACGAUGGCCAAGAAAUCACCUGACUCUACCCCUUCAGUAAUAAAGCUGCUGGAGGAAGCUACUGAAUCACAUGACCAUGAUACAGUCAGAGAAGAGGUGUCUUCUAAAUUAGGACCAUCCGCUAAACGAGUCACUCUUCAAGAACUAGUAGAGCAAUACAAUCUGACUGACGAGCAACUCAACAGUGAAAUAGAUGACCCUGAUACUCCCAAAUUGGCCUUAUUUUUUGAUGAUGUGGAACUUUAUUCGAGUGCAAUGGGGCUAGCUAUUGCUGAACAAGCCGAUGUGAACCAAUCACGUGGAACUCAAGCAGCCAUGAUGAAGUGCUUGCAAAUCUGGAAACAACAUAAUCCUUCACAAGCAACUUACAGAGCUCUACUGGAUAUCGCACUGAGAUUGGGGAAAGGAGACACAGCUCAUCAAAUCUGCCAGCAACUGACCCAACUCAAUAUUCAAAACCGAACCUACUUAAAAAAACUGGAUGAGCUGAUGGCCGACACAAGUGGCACUAUAGAGCUACAUUAUCUCAAGACGCACUUUAUUGGUCCCUCGGGUCUUGGCAAAACGACCACUCGACAGCGGCUUGUUGGAUCCAUCACUAACCUGUCUUUGCUGCCUGAAGAUCAAAGGAAACGUUGCAGUACAUUACUAGCCGAGUGUGAACAAGUAUUGGCCUUUGUGGACAAAUCUGGAACAAAGCUUGAAUUCAAAGCAUCUUCAAGUCUAGAGGAAGAAACACAGUUUAUCUUCUCUUACCUUAUGUCCUGUGAACCUAUUGAAGACAGCACUGUCAGCAAUACUAGUACACCUAAGGAACAGCCCAAAAAAGAAACCACUAACCCAAAGAAGCAAACUCAACUCAAGAUCGAUGAAGCUGCUACUGUACCCAAAGAAACGGUAUCACCAACACCAGAACCACCGGAAAAGGUCGUGAAAGUGACCACUGUAGAUGUUGGAAAGGUUGUCUCGAGACUCCGGAGUAUUGUGGGUUCAGGAGAGUACACUAAAGAGCUGCUGAACAAAGUCCUACUCAAUCUAGUCGAUAUAGGUGGGCAGCCUGGAUUCGUGGAGAUGUUUCCUUUUCUAAGCAAAGGCGCAGGGAUUUUCCUAGUAUUCUUUCGACUGGACAAAGACCUCGAUGACAUGUGUCAAGUCUCCUACGAACGAGGAAAGGACAAGAUCACACCGUACGAUUCAACGUACACAAGCAGAGAAACGGUCUCUCAAAUCCUGUCAGCUAUCAGCCACCAUACCAAGAUUGACUCGGACAUUGACAGAGAGCAGUGUAGUAAACUGGGCAAUCUAGGCUCUGCUAAGCCUGUUGCUACCCUCAUAGGUACUUUCAAGGAUGAACUGGCAAUGCAAAUCAAAGUCGAUCUCCUGUACGAGAAAUGUUGUGCCUCCACAAAAGCUGUCAGCAAAAGCGAUAGUACCACUGCCAGCAAGAGCGAUAGUACCACUGCCAGCAAGACCACUACCAGCAAGACCACUGCCAGCAAGAGCGAUAGUACCACUGCCAGCAAGAGCGAUAGUACCACUGCCAGCAAAAGCGAUAGUACUACAGCCAGCAAGAGCCAUAGUACCACUGCCGACAAGAGCGAUAGUACCACUACCAGCAAGAGCGAUAGUACCACUGCCAGCAAGAGCCAUAGUACCACUGCCGACAAGAGCGAUAGUACCACUUCCAGCAAGAGCGAUAGUACCACUUCCAGCAAGAGCGAUAGUACCACUGCCAGCAAGACCACUACCAGCAAGAGCGAUAGCACCACUGCCAGCAAGACCACUGCCAGCAAGAGCGAUAGCACCACUGCCAGCAAUACCACUACCAGCAAGAGCGAUAGUACCACUGCCAGCAAGAGUGAUAGUACCACUGCCAGCAAGACCACUGCCAGCAAGAGCGAAAGCACCACUGCCGACAAGAGGGAUGGCACCACUGCCGACAAGAGCGAUGGUACCACUGCCAGCAAGAGCUAUGGCACCACUGCCAGCAAGAGCGAUAGUACCACUGACAGCGAGAGCGAUGGCACCACUGCCAGCAAGAGCUAUGGCACCACUGCCAGCAAGAGCGAUGGCACCACUGCCAGCAAGAGCGAUGGCACCACCGGCAACAAGAGCGAUGGCAACACUGCCAGCAAGAGCAAUGGCACCACUUCCAGCAAGAGCGAUAGUACCACUGCCGACAAGAGCCUAAAUGAACACGAACAAAAGAAAGCAAUUCGGAAUAUUUUGACUCAACUGAAGAGUGAUGAGCCUGCUAACGUCAGUGCAGAAGACAUGGCUGCCAUUGAGCAAACAGUCAGCCAACACCUCAACUCAGACACUUUCAAGAAAGAUGUCCAAGACCGCUUAGAGCAAAAGUUGACAGAGAAAAACGAAGCUGUGAGCAAGAUUACCAGCAAGUUUGAGAAAUUACUUUCACACCCAAAAGACAAGAAGUUCAUAGCAGUCGACAACUAUGAAGGCACUGAUUCUGAUAUGGAACCUCUUCGUGAACAUCUUCAUGGCAUAUUCAGUAGCUAUUUCAAAGAUGCCAAGCUUCGAAUUCGCCCACAACAGCUUUUGUUGGGAGUUGUACUGAGAAAAGAGUAUGACAUUGUGUCUAUGGAAGAAUGCAUUCGUAUCGGUACCGAGGGGUUAAAGAUGAGUGAGGAGGAAGUUCGAUUCACCGUUUGGUACCUUGAUCGAUUUGUCGGAGCUUUGAUAUAUCAUCCAGAGAUCAAGGAUAAAGAUGGUUGGUUUGGAAACUUUGUCAUUUGCAACCCCCAAGUGGUAUUCAACAGCCUCAGUGUUCUCGUUGUCAAUCCGCUGCUGGAGCUCCAUUCUGAAGAGGGCAAUAUUCAGUUUAACGAUAAUGAGAGAAAAAAUUGGAUACUCAAGGGUCAAUUCUUACUGAAAACAAUCACUCGAUGCCAUUCGGAGGAAAACCAGGGGGUGAAGAAAGACCAGUUGAUUCCUGUUGAGAAGCUGCUCAUACUGCUCGAGCAUUCCCACCUUUUGGCCAAAAUCACAACAGUGGAGGAAGACCAUACCACAGAAGAAGUUGAAACGACAUAUUUCAUCCCCGCUAUUCUCAAGUGUGCAUCUCGCGAGGAACUAACGAAACCACCCCCCACUGGCAUUGAUACACCCUCUCCAAUCAAGAUCACAUUCAAACCCCAAUACGUUCCCAUUGGAGUAUUUUGUGCCAUGAUCAGUGAAUUGGUCUCAAGGGGGAGUACUGGAAUUCUGGGCAUGACUUGGAAACUUGCCACUGAUACCUCAGUAAAGAGAAACCUCGUCUCCUUUCACAUUGACGAAUCUGCCAAGCAUUUUGUUACCCUUAUCGCUAACGUCGAUUGCUAUGAGAUACGGAUUAUUCGACAGGACAGGGACCAUACGAUGCACGAGCUUUGUUCCUACGUCCUCUCAACCCUCCUGUUGGUGAUGAAGGACAUCAGUCCACUACUCACUCCAAUCAUUGCCUUCGACUGCUACUGUGGCAAACAUGAAGAUGGUUCCAAGCUUUGUCUCCUCACACCUGGAGCUGAUCCCUGCUUUAAAUGCACCAGCAAAGUCUCUCUGAGUCCUCACCAAGAAUGCUGGUUCGCAGAAGAAGUCAGUCUGAGAGAGGAUGUUACUCUCAAGGCUCUGCCCUUUGCCUCUAGGCGAGAGUUGAGGGACAAGAGCCUCUCCUUCGAGUGGAGCAAAAGAAGUCCUGAAAUUGAUGGUGAUGAACACAAGUUGGAAUUCAAGGCUUCGUCACAUGGUCACUUCAAGGGCUUUAUCAGUUGUGAGAUCUCCAAGAACCAGAAGCAUUUCUUCACCGUGUACCACUGCCUCAAAGAGAGUGUUGAGAACACCUCCAGCUCUGAAACUGAUCAGCUGUUUGCAGAUGUGAAGGAAGUGAUCAAAGAGAUACGCUCUGACUGGUACAGCCUGGCUAUAGAACUGGACAUUGACUAUGCAACUAGGAAGAGUCUUGAGAAGGACUAUCGCUGGGUUGAGCCGUGCUUUGAGGCCAUGCUGACACACUGGGUGAAGCGCUCCUCUCCUCCCCCCUCCUGGUCUGCCCUUGUUAGAGCACUAGAGUCUCCCGCCAUUGCUCGUGGAGACAUUGCAACAACCAUUAAGACAAAAGCUACCAGCGACAUCUCUCCUGAUAUUUGUCAUCUCACUCACGGUAACGCUGGCUACAGUGUGCUGGUGAGCUUCAGUGAGAAGAUAGUCCAGUCACUCUCUCAUGAGCCCAAAGCCCUAGCUGUUAGUUUCCUGUCAGUCGGACUCAUCACUGAGCGUGUGUUGCGAGAGACUAACGAGCUGAACGAGAUCAAAGCUGACAAAGCCACUAGACUGUACACUGCCCUGCUGGGUGUAGUCAAACACCACCCCCACAAGUACCACGAGUUUGUCUCCACUCUCAGACUCAACCCACUACACACUGACUUGGUCACACUAUUAGAUAGCAAGUACAAGUAGUUUGUCCACACGUAUAUACGCAUAAUUAUUUUUUGUGUACAUUCUUUUUGUUUAUCCUUGAUUUAAUUUUGUCUGAGUCUUGAA